AUGAAAAGGGCGUUAGAAAUUCCAGAACCAUCAACAGCCUACUAUCUGCCGCAUCAUGGAGUUUUAAGAGAGGACGCCAUCACAACAAAGCUGAGAGUUAUCAACGCGAUGAACGUCUUAACCUGGAUGAGAAGACACAAACUCGUCUUUGGGGCAGACAUCAUCAAAAUGUUUAGACAGAUUAAGGUACAUCAGGACGACUGGGAUCUUCAGAGAAUAUUGUGGAUCGAUGACGAUCAACAGGAGAUCACCUUCCAGUUAACCACAGUGACCUACGGUCUCAAUUGUUCGCCCUGGUUAUCACUCAGAGUGCUGCAACAACUAGCAGACGAUGAAGGACACCGUUUCCCAGCAGCAGUCGAAGCGAUCACGAGAGGUCGUUACGUCGACGAUAUACACGAAGGGUCCGACUCAGAAGAAGGCCUCAAGGAAAUAGUGCAGCUUCAAGGACUAUGCCAAGCAGGCGGUUUGGCUCUACAGAAGUGGAGUAGUAAUUGUCCAGAAGCUCUUCAUCAACUAGGCCUAACAACAGAGAGCAGCCUGAUACAAUUUGAGGAAUCAGUGACAAAAGUACUUGGUUUGUGUUGGCACCAGUCAACCGACACAUUCAGGUACAAAUCGAGGAAAUUCAACGCAGCUACCAUCACCAAAAGAACAGUGUCAUCGGAGAUAGCUCAGAUCUUCGAUCCAUUGGGAUGCAUCGCCCCAGUGGUAGUACAAGAGAAAAUUCUCCUGCAGGAGCUAUGGAAGCUCAAGGUCAACUGGGAUGAUCCUCUUCCAGAUGAGUAUAAAAACCGUUGGAGGACAUUCCGAGGAGGUCUCACCAAAUUAGACAUAGUUACUGUACCCAGGUGGAUACAGUUAUCGUCAGACACUAUCAACAUCCAAAUACACGGAUUCGCAGAUGCAUCAACGGUAGCUAUGAAUGCAGUGGUCUACAUUCGAACGAGAACCAUCAACGAGAAUCCAUCAACAACUCUAGUGUGUGCGAAAACCAAGGUCGCACCAAUCAAAAGGAUGACCAUACCCAGGCUAGAGCUCACAGCAGCUCUACUCUUAACCCAGCUAGUGGAAUCAAAAUAUGAGAUGCUUCAGCUAGACCAGAAUCAGGCGGAAACUUACCUCUGGUCAGACUCAUCAGUUACACUAGCUUGGAUCAGGAGCCCAGCCUGGAGAUGGAAGGAUUUCGUCCAUAACGGGGUCAUCAAGAUACAGGAUACGGUACCAAAGGCCAUAUGGAGACACGUCAGUGAUCAUCCACUCUGGUGGUCAGAACCAAGCUGGAUCAAUCAGGAUCCAGAAGACUGGCCUCAAUCAACAAUAGACGCAUCUAAAAUGGAUACUCCAGAGGUGGCCAAGGAAGCAAAACCAGUACCAGCACAUCCAGCAAGGAUGAAAAUCAGUAAAGUAGCAGAACUCCUCAACAGAUACAGUUCAAUGGCCAAACUGUUAGCAGUGACAGCGACUAUCAACAGAGCGAUAGACAGAUUCAGCCGGCGACCAACGCCCCCGGGACCUGUCCUGACAACUAGAGAAUUAAACGAAGCAAGACUAUUAGACUUUUGCAGAGAGAUCAUCAGUUACCAAGGGCUGGCAAGGCAAGGGCUGGCUGGCUGGGUUGGUCGUCUAGACGACCAAGUCAUCGUGAGACUAGGAGGUCGCCUCAAAAACGCUCAACUCAGUCCAGAGGAAAUACAUCCGAUAAUCCUACCCAGACAGUCAAGGUUCACCACAAAGGUCAUUGCCGAAGCUCACCAGAUAACCCAACAUAGAGGUACUCAACUGACUCUAGCCUAUACGAGGCAAAAAUAUUGGAUCGUACGAGGCAGAGGUACUGUCAGAGGAUACAUCUUACGCUGCACCAUCUGCACCCGUCAUCGAGGAAGACAAGCUCAACAGCAGAUGGGUCAAUUGCCGUCAACAAGAAUUUCACCAGCCAGGGCAUUUCUCCACACAGGAGUGGAUUAUGCAGGUCCAUUCACCAUCCUGAAGUGGAGGCCAACAAAUGCACAACCAGGAACAGUGCAUAUAGCAGUAUUUGUGUGCUUUACUACGUCAGCAGUUCACCUAGAGCUCGUCAACAGGCAGACAAUCGAGGCUUUCAUCGGCGCCUCCAAAAGGUUCACGGGAAGACGUGGUAUCCCAGCAGUCAUGUAUAGUGACAAUGCCACCACCUUCACAGUAGCAGCAGAGGUCUUAGAACAACUCUAUCACCAGGAGUCGAGAGAGAACCAACAAGUCCAGGCUGUCCUCGCAACCCAUGGAACUCAGUGGAACUUCAUUCCACCAAGAGCACCACACUUUGGUGGUAAAUGGGAGGCAGCCGUGAAAUCCAUGAAAUAUCACCUAAAGAGGAUACUAGGACCAUCAACACUCACAUACGAAGAGCUCAACAGCGUGAUCAUCCAAAUAGAAGCGUGCCUCAACUCCAGACCAAUCUGUCCCAUGUCAGAUGAUCCAGAAGAUCUCCAAGUGCUCACUCCAGGACACUUCCUGGUAGGAGAGCCCCUUCAACUAGUACCAGAACCAUCUCUUCUCCAGAAACCAAGCAGCAAGGUACAGAGAUGGAACCUCGUCACCCAGAGCACCCAACAAUUCUGGUCCAGAUGGUCUAAGGAGUGUCUACAGAGAUACCAGGCAAUCUACAAAUGGAAGAAUCAACAGGAAAACAUCAAGGUCGGCGACAUGGUCCUGACGAUGGAUGAAUAUCCACCAGCAACGUGGCCAAUCGCCAGAGUCAUUGCAACGCGACCAGGAGCAGAUGGACUCACCAGGGUCGUCACAGUGAGAACAGCAAGAUCCCAAGUGGCAAGACGGAUCACCAGACCCUCAAAAUAUAAGGAUCCACCACCAGCAGAUGAACCUCCAGAGGAGCAACAAGGGGACCUCCAGGAAUCACAGGACUGA